UAAAGAACUUAAUCGGUCGCCGCUGGCAAUGGAUAAUCGGGCAAUGUGGAUACUGUUCCCAGCGUUAUCGCUGUUGAUGUUUUCAAUAACUGGCUGCUCCGGUCAAACCCAGUUGACAGAUGAAAUUGCCGUUGAAUCGCCCACUUCUGCAGCCCCUGCGCCCAAGCUGCCCAAGCUGACAUUGGCCAUACACUAUGAGGCACUCUGUCCGGAUAGCAUUUUCUUUGUGCGGCGUCGACUGCACGAUGCGCUGCUCGACAACGAUUGGUGGCCCCGCACCGAACUAAAGCUUUAUCCAUUCGGCAAGGCGGCAUUCUACAACAACACGGAGAUCGGCGAGCUGCAGCUUUUUUGCCAGCAUGGCAGAGAAGAGUGCGAGCUGAAUGCUCUACACGCCUGUGUUUUGGAGCAUCUGGAAUUGCGAAAAGCUUUCGAUCUGAUCUACUGCAUGCUGCGCUCCUACACCAAUAGCAUUGACGCCUGCGCAGCCCGCCUCAGUCUGGAUGUGACUGCGGCCAAGGAUUGCAAACGGACGCGGAAGACGCCUGAAAUUCUGUUGCCUUAUGGCCGGGAAACACUGGCACUCGGCCUUUCAUUUGUGCCCACAAUUGUCUUUGACAAUAACUUCGAGCCCUACGAGCAGAGCAGCAUUCGUUAUAAUUUUGAGGCUCACUUUUGCAGAGAGUACAAGCGAAAGUUUCACAUCACAUUGCCCACUUGUGGCUGAGAAGUGACUGAAAAAAUUACGUCAGUUCUUACCAGCCUGGUUCAAAGCUGGUUCGAGUGAUUUUCAAAUCACCGCUUAAUAAUAAAAACACAAAA